AUGCAACUGGUCUCCGGGCAGGAACGGUGCUGUUCGAUUCGCGCCUGGGGCACAGCGUGCAUAUCAAGCCAGCCCCGCUUCGGCAGUGGGUUGCAGCGGCUUGCAUUCCUGACACAAGUCGCUGUGCAGCGAUUCUCUGGGGAACGGCGAACGUUCAGCAGGCACUCUUGGAGACGAAAAAGCCGCAGUGCCUUGGCGAGCAAUGUCCGCUGCUCCCUGAAAGUUCUCGUUAUUGGUAGUGGCGGUCGUGAACAUGCACUCUGCGAUAAAAUAGCAGAGUCACCGCACUUGAAGUCGCUGUAUGCAGCACCUGGCAACCCGGGUAUGGAGCGCGUUGCUCACUGCGUGUCCGACUUGGACGCUGCAGAUAUUUCCGCAAUUUGCGGCUUCGUACAGGAGAAAUCGAUUGAUUUAGUCGUGAUCGGGCCCGAAGCACCGCUUGUUUCGGGCCUGGUGGACGCUUUGGGUGCCCUCAAGGUUCGCGCAUUCGGACCGAGCCAGGCGGCUGCUCGUCUCGAGGGCAGUAAAGCGUUCUCUAAAGCUUUCAUGAAGCGUCACGGCAUUCCGACGGCUGAUUAUGAUCGCUGUGGAUCUUUGGAAGAGGCCACGACAGUGCUAGGCCGCCGCGAACGCUUUCCAGUGGUCAUCAAGGCCGACGGCCUCGCCGCAGGCAAGGGUGUGUUUAUCGCAUCGAACAGAGGAGAGGCGGAGGACGCCCUCCGUGUGCUCUUUGUCGAGCAGAGACUGGGUGAGGCAGGCCGCACGGUGGUAAUAGAAGAUUACCUGAUCGGGGAAGAGGCGAGUUUCUUUGCGCUGGUGAACGGAGAGCAAGUCGUGCCGCUUUUGCCUGCACAAGACCACAAAGCAGCCUACGAUGGCGACCGAGGUCCGAACACCGGAGGUAUGGGGGCCUAUGCCCCAGCACCCGUCGUGACGCCGCAACUCGCGGAGCGUAUUCUCGCGCAGGUCGUGCGACCCACGGCCGCUGGAAUGGUGGCUGAAGGCACCCCCUACCGCGGGCUGCUCUACUGCGGUCUCAUGAUUGAGUCAGGGGAUGCGUUUAGGGUCCUCGAAUACAACGUUCGCUUCGGUGAUCCGGAAUGCCAGGUGCUCUGCAUGCUAUUGGAGUCGGAUCUGUUGCCUGUCCUGUUCGAAACGGCGUCGUUUACGAGCAGCGAGUUGCCUGCUCAGUCCCUGCAAUGGGCUGCAGACGCUGCCGCGCUCACUGUGGUCCUUGCAUCGCCCGGGUACCCGGGCCCGUAUCGAAGCGGUGACGUCAUCCGCGGUCUCGAAGAGGCCGAAACGCUGCCCGGGGUCAAGAUCUUUCAUGCGGGUACUAGCCGCGAUGCUCGCGGUCAGCUCGUGGCGAAAGGGGGUCGUGUCCUCAAUGUCACAGCCCAUGCUGCGACCUUGCGUGAAGCACAGCAGCGAGCCUACGAGGCGAUUGCGAGAAUCGAUUGGCCGGAUGCAUUUUAUCGCCGGGAUAUUGGCUGGCGAGCGCUGGAACGAGAGCAAAGACAAAAACCUCCUCCAAACGUGUCGAGCGCUCGGUGA